ACUUUCCAUCGCUCAACGGCUCCCAAGAUAAGUACGAGUAUCGAAGAGAACACUGUAAGUGAGAUACGACCAAAAGAUCUCACAAGAAUCGAAUAACCAAAAUCAAGAUGAUUCGUCGAAAAGUUUCGGCUGGGUUGCUUCGAGCUGUUUCGACACCCACCUCAACCCCUAAAGCAGGUCAACAAGCUUCUCUGGCUUCUGCCGUCUUGCUCAAUAGUCAACGUAACUGGAAAGGUGAAACUGUAACAGCUUUGAAAGCAGAAUUGAAACGUCGUGGAUUAUCUCAAGUUGGUAACAAAACCGCCCUCAUUGCACGACUUCAAUCAGCUGAAAUAUCUUCUAUGCUUCCUCCCGUCCCUACCCUCUCAGGAUUGACAACUCGCUCUGUUCCUUCCACCCCAACCAAAUCUCGUACACUCUCAACCACCUCUUCUCGUAAAGCACCCCCUGUCCCACCCCUCCCGCGUCCCACUCAACCGAAAUCAGACGAACACGUUUCGUCUACGGGACCUGCUAUUGAGAGUCAGCGUAGUGAAGCGACCAAAGUGGAGGAAAUCAAACCUGAGAGAGUGGGGGCAGCUCCAGGUCUCCCAGCUACAGCUGCGAAGGGAGGAUCGAAAGGUCUUGAUGUUUAUAUACCAACGGCGAAGGAGGAUGAGGUAGCAGAACAGAUCAUUCCGCUCAUGCCGGACAACUUCCGUACUUCUCCACCUCCGCCAGCGCUCUCUGAAGCCGACGCCAUGCCUAAAGUCUCCACAGCAGCUUCGACCUCCACUCAUCCAUCUGCACCCGUACAUGCAAUGCAGGAGAUCACCGAUAUUCCCCCCAUCAAGUCUGCUCAGAAGUUCGACAUCCCUCUUGCCGACAUAUUCAACAAUGUCAUUUCCGCCCCUGCCCAGGCGUGGAAGGCCACCGGAUUGUCUCUUCCCGAGAUCGGCCUUCCAGAGGGUCAGGGUAAAGGAGAUAAAUACGAAAAGGCUGAGCGACCGUUGGACGAAGAAGAAAGAAAGGGGCUGAGGUACGUAGGCGCUCUGAUAGGGUCAUUGGCAUUCGUGGGUUUCGUAUCGCGCAAAGCGUCCACGAAGUCAAAGAAGGAUAACAGCGGGGCUGUUGGUUACGGGGAUCAGACGUGGUCAAAGGCUAGUGGAGCUCAGGUGGUUGGACAUGGAGCCAGGAAAGUCUAG